UUAAAUAUAACCCAGCACAGGGGCAGGAAGGUUUAGCGCCGUAGCCCCGCGUGUUCGCGGGCUGGCAGCGGCGGCGGCGGUCAAUAACAAGUCACUUCCCGGCCCUGCUGACCAUGGCUGACUCCGAGCUGCCCUCAGGCUGGGAGAAGCGUGUCAGCCGAUCCACAGGUUUGACUUACUACUUGAAUGUGUACACCAAGGAGAGCCAGUGGGAUGUGCCAACAGAGCCAGCCAAGCCAGCUGCAGGCACUGGUAGCGGUGGGCCAGACCGAGUCCAGUGUUCCCACCUGCUUGUGAAGCAUGCAGGGUCACGCAGACCUUCCUCAUGGCGUCAGGAAAACAUAACCAUCUCAAAGGAAGAAGCUAUUGAACAACUGAAAGAAUAUCGUGCAGAAAUCACAUCUGGACAGUCUUCAUUUGCAGAAUUAGCUAGCAGGGUGUCUGACUGCAGCUCAGCCAAGCGUGGGGGAGAUCUUGGGUUGUUUGGACGUGGAGCAAUGCAGAAACCAUUUGAGGAUGCUGCAUUUGCCUUAAAGGUUGGAGAAUUAAGCAAGAUAGUGGAUACUGAUUCAGGAGUUCACAUUAUUUUGCGCACAGCAUAAGUAGAGAAAAAGCUUAUUUAAUCAGUGAUUCAAAGGAAUGUUGCAAGAAGUUUUACUUAAAUUGUUAGCUAAUUUUCCAAGUACUAAUAUGCCUUCACAUAAACUUUAAACUGACAGACAAGAAUGUCAUGCUUAACCAACAAAAUAUUACAAAUCUGUUAUUGAUUAAUAAAAUUUUACCAUA